AUGGGAACGAUUUACUAUAAUUUAAAAUUGCGACAAACCCAUUUAGAUCAGCCUAUGAAAAUAAUUGAUAAUAAUAUGGUGAACGGUGUUUCUAAGAGGACAUCUGAUUUGUGUACAUCGCCAGACUAUGCGACGAUUAGAAGACAUUUUACAGGAGUGAUCGAUGCUAUGUUAAACAGUGUUUCUAAUUGUACAUCUUACAUUUUGACGGGGGUCUAG